AACAUUGAAACUGUCUGGAGCUGACAGAUGGUCGGUUUCAGAUCACACUUGUAAAGAAUACAGAAGUGAGAGAGACCAAAAAUCUCAAUAGGACUGCAUUGGGAGUUUGAUGGGACUUCACUGACACAGAUUAACAGACGGCACUCAUGGAGAGAAAUAUGACUUCCUCCCUGCUCACUGGCAAUCACAGCCACACCAACAGCACUUGUUCCCGCGACAACGCUUUGAAGACGGUGGUUUUUCCCGUCCUCUACUCCUUUCUCUUCCUGGUGGGGCUUAUGCUCAACAGCGUGGCUGUAUGGGUGUUUUUCCGCAUCCCCUCCAAAUCUCACUUCAUUAUUUACCUGAAGAAUAUUGUGGUUGCGGACGUCGUCAUGACCUUCACAUUCCCUUUCAAGGUGUUAGCAGACUCCAACAUGGCUUCCACUGGGCUGCGUAUAUUCGUGUGCCGCGUCUCUUCUGUGCUCUUCUACCUCACCAUGUACAUCAGCAUCCUCUUCUUCGGCCUCAUCAGCAUCGACCGCUGCAGAAAGACCCUCAAGCCCUUUAGAGGGACUAACGCAGCCCGGUUGGCCCGUCGCAAAAUCCUUUCAGGAGCCAUCUGGACCUUUCUGCUGGUUAUCUGUUUGCCUAACGUCAUCCUGACCAGUAAAACCCCAACGUCUCCUUAUUUCAAGUGCAGUGACCUGAAGACUAAGGCUGGGCUGUACUGGCAUGAGGUGGUAAAUCAUGUCUGUCAAGUUAUUUUCUGGAGCAACCUUGUGACUGUGAUCGUCUGCUACACUCUAAUCACCAAGGAGCUGUACAGAUCCUACUCCCGCACUAAGGCCCACAGCACUGGAGGGACGAUAUGUCGAGCACCAGGAGAGGCAUCGACUCGGAAACCCCACCAGGCCAAAAGAAAAAUGAAUGCAAACGUGUUUCUGGUUCUGGCUGUGUUCUUUGUGUGCUUCGUGCCGUUUCACUUCGCCCGUGUGCCGUACACCAUGAGCCAGACCCGAGGGGUUCUCUUUGACUGUAAACUCAAACUCUUCUUCUUCCAGCUGAAGGAAAGCACACUCUUCCUCUCAUCCUUAAACUCUGUUCUGGACCCUCUCAUCUACUUCUUCCUCUGUAAGUCCUUCAGGACCACUCUGUUCAAGACCCUGCGGCUGCCGGCUGGGACCUGUAGCUGGCUCACAGGGAGAGGGUCAGACUCGGACACAGGCAGCACAGCACUGAGAGACUCUUCUCUCCAUGCAUAAAACCACUGGACAUGAUGAAGACUUUUGUAUUGGGGUAUCUGAACAUUGAAGUUCUGUGAUGAUGUCCUAACCCAGUCUGCAGAAAACAUGGCGGCAUUGCACGUCUCUGCAAACCACAGAUACUUAACAUUUAUGGUAUGUGGCAGAUAUGUUGAAACUUUACAUUUCAACAACUCGGUGUACCCCGACUCUGGCCUAAUGUUAGCUGGGAUAGGCUCCAGCCCCUUCACGAUCCCUAACAGGAUAAGUGGUUACAGAAAAUGAAUGAAUGAGGUUAAUGUGUGGUUAUGUUUAGGCACAAAGACAACUCAGUUUUAAUUAAGAAUAACAACCCCCGCUGGAAAUGCAACAAUUUCUCUUUUAAAAACAACUGGUUUUCAUGGCACUAUCCCCAGUGGAAGAACAGUGACAGAGUGGACCUGCACUUGUAUGUCACUUGUAUAGCGCCUUUCUAGUCAUCCGACCACUCAAAGCGCUUUUUACAGUACAAGUCACAUUCACCCAUUCACACACUGGUGGCCGAGGCUACCAUACAAGGUGCCACCUGCUACUCAGUUUUAACACACUCACACACCGAUGGAACAGCCAUCGGGAGCAAUUUGGGGUUCAGUAUCUUGCUCAAGGAUACUUCGACAUGCAGACCGGAGACCGGGAUCAAACUGCUGAUCUUUAGAUUGGUGGACGACCCACUCUACCUCUGAACCACAUCCCCCUCAAGUGCUAAAAAACACCCACGUUUGGUGGCAAAAAAGCCACUAAAAAACAGUGGUGGGUUGCUUGUUUGUUUGUUUGUUGGUCUCAAACUGUGACUCAUGUACUACAUCACUUUAAAAACUUUGAUAUGAUAUAUAUGAAACGUGCAAAUGAAACACAUUUGUGGUUUGCAGAAACGUACAACUCCUGCAUCUUCUCAUGAUAACUGGGCCAGAUGUCCUGUUGCUAAGAACUGGAUCAAAUCCAAGUUCAGUUUUGUGACUAAACAUUAGAGAAAUACAGAUGACAGACAUGGUGAACUAUUUUCUCUCAUAUGUUGUUAACGAUAUCUUGAUCAUACAUCUUGAUUUGCAAAACCAUUCAUUCAUUUAAAAACCCACAGUUUUAUCAUUGUAACUUAAAGCAAUCAACUUCUCUUUCACUGUCGGUAGAAAACAGACAAUAAUGUUGCCACUAAGAUAAAGUAUAAUUAUCGAUACAAAGUUUUGUUGCUGGUGAUGUGUCAGACCAUAAGAACUGAUACUGACAUGUUUUCUUUGUUUUUCUUUUGGUUCUCUAUUCCAUUUCAUAAUAACAACUAGUUCCUCUGACACAUUCUCAUAACUUCUUAUCUUGAAAAGAAGAAAUUGGUGCAUUUAUGUAAAUAAAUCUACAUCCACAGUACUUCUCUAAAAUAGUUAGCCUGUAUAAUACGCCUCGAGUGAUCUCCUGUCACUACACAGUGAUCUCUUAUUGCUGCAUGUGCGUGAAGGUGUUGCUGAUUAAUUGUGUUAGCAUGGUCUGAUCAUACAGCAGAUAAAUGUGUCAAACUGUUAUGUCUGAUUUACUGUUGUUUAGUUUUGCUGCUGACAAUGAUCCCCAUCUACUGUAAGUAAGCAAGUAUCUGUGGUAAUAUGGUGGGCUGUUAUUGGACCUACCAGUUGUACAGACGUGCAUAAGGAAACAACAAUA